UGCUGCAGUCGCGUGAUGUCUCAUUGGCUUCCUCGAGCUAUAAAACCCGAGCCGGAGUGCGAGGCCAGUCGCAAACAUCCUCGGAUCAGCCGGUCCCCAUCCCCCACCUCCCUUGGAAGCUUCAGCAUGUUCGGCCACGGGCACCACCACGGCCAUGGGCACCACCAGCCUCCACCGCCGCCAGGUCCGCAUGGCGGCGGUGGGUACCCGCCCAUGCCGCAGAACGAGCCGACGUUCAAGAUCUUCUGCCGCGCCGACGAGGGGUACUGCCUCACCGUGCGCCACGACGCCGUCGUCCUCGCGCCCACCAACUCACGCGACCAGUACCAGCACUGGUACAAGGACAUGAGGCACAGCACCAGAGUGAAGGACGAGGAGGGCCACCCGGCGUUCGCGCUCGUCAACCGGGCCACCGGCCUCGCCAUCAAGCACUCACUCGGCCAGUCUCAUCCUGUGAAGCUGUUUCCGUACAACCCGGAGUACCUGGACGAGUCGGUGCUGUGGACGGAGAGCCGCGACGUCGGCAAAGGCUUCCGCUGCAUCCGCAUGGUGAACAACAUCCACCUCAACUUCGACGCCUUCCACGGAGACAAGGACCACGGCGGCGUGCACGACGGCACCACCGUCGUGCUGUGGGAGUGGGCCAAGGGCCCGAACCAGAGCUGGAAGAUCCUGCCAUGGGGCGACGAGGCCUACGCGCCGCCGCCGGCGUACGGUAGCGGUGGGUACGGGUACCCCGGAGGCAGCCAGGCAGGUUCCUACCCGCCGCCACCUCCUGCCCAGGAGCCCGGCUACGGCUACCGACCCCCGCCAGGCGGCCCGGAGGGCUACGCGCCGCCGCCUGCCCAGGAGCCCGGCUACGGCUACCGACCCCCGCCAGGUGGCCCGGAGGGCUACGCGCCGCCGCCUGCCCAGGAGCCCGGCUAUGGCUACCGCCCCCCGCCAGGCGGCCCGGAGGGCUACGGGCCGCCGCCUGCCCAGGAGCCCGGCUAUGGCUACCGUCCCCCGCCGCCGGGCUACGGUGCUGGGUACGGGUACAGCAACCUGCCUCGUGAACUGGCGUCGCAGUCCACCGUGCGCAUCUACUGUAAGGCCGGAGAGGACUACAGCCUGACCGUGAGGAACGGCACCGUGUGCCUUGCGCCUACCAAUCCCAGGGAUGACUACCAGCACUGGGUGAAGGAAAUGAGGCACAGCACAAGCAUCAAGGACGAGGAAGGGUACCCGGCGUUUGCGCUGGUGAACAAGGUCACUGGUGAAGCCAUCAAGCACUCCCUGGGACAGAGCCACCCUGUUCGGCUGGUGCCGUACAACCCGGAGUACGUGGACGAGUCGGUGCUGUGGACGGAGAGCCGCGACGUCGGCAAGGGCUUCCGGUGCGUGCGCAUGGUGAACAACAUCUACCUCAACUUCGACGCGUUCCACGGCGACAAGGACCACGGCGGCGUCCAUGACGGCACCACCGUCGUGCUCUGGGAGUGGGCCAAGGGCGACAACCAGCGCUGGAAGAUCGUCCCCUGGUAGAUCAAGCGUGAUGUUGAGAUGAACCCUUGCUGCUGUCUGUCAUCCGCUUCAUGUCGAGUCCUUGUAUCUCUAUGAGCUCAGUUGUGAUUGUGAAUAAAGUCUUGCGACGCCGAUGUCAGAUCUAGGUCACUCCUUUGCUGCUGCUGCUGCUAAGCUACUUUUCUUUGUUUUUCUGAAAGAACUUUUGAGGGUGUUCAAUGGUCGCAGUGAUCCUCUGCCGCGUUUGUUGUGGAUUACUAGAUCAUGCGCAUGUAUCUGUCUGUCUCGGUUGUGCGAGAUGGUUGAGUUGUCUGUAUCAUUUGUUUCUGAUGAGCAAUCCAUAUUGCAUUUGUUGGCAUUCGCUA